CUGUUUCUGGGCUUUUUAGUGAACGACCCGACCCGACCCGGGAAAUGAAAGAAAGAAGAAGAAGAGGGGUCUCGGGCUUCAGAGCACGAAAUCAAGUUUUUUUUGAGUGAGGAGCUGAAGGCUUGGUCUUCCCGGUGAUCAGGGUUGAAGUGGAUUGCUACUACUGAGCACAGUUGGAGCUUAAAUUAGAGGAAUGGGGGGCCAAGAGGUUAAGCAGCUUGAGGAUUGCACAGUUGCCAAUGCGUUGGGCACUUGGGUAUUCUCAGUAGCAGGGGCUCUGCUAGCAAUUCCGGUGGGGAUAAAAAGGAAAUCUUUAGGGCCACUUGUCUUCUUUGGCACAACCGGUACCAUGCUUGACAUCAUUAUGGGUAUCACUCAGUGUGAAAGAGAACAUGCAGAACGCCAAGCGAAGCUUUCAGAAGCCCAAAAUUCUACAACCAAUGCUUCUUUUUCUGAGACUGGAGCCGAGUUGUCUUCUUUGUCUGAGACCAGAGCCGAGUAUUCUUCUUUUUCCGAAACUGGAUCCGAGUCUUCAACUUGACAAUAUGCAGCAAUAUGCAACAUGUUUCGACUGCUCUCAGAUUUUACUGUAAAAGCUGAAUACUUUUUGCUGAAUGACCUGUGGUUUGAAUUCUGCCUUCACUCUGCAUGAGUUAAUAAUCACACUAAAGUAACUUCAUUUGAUCUUUCUUGCUUGUAAUUUCCUAGAGUUCAUUCCAAGCACAGAUUUAUGUUGCCUUUGUCUUCAACUUU